GUAUGUCAAUGUGAAUGUAUUUUGUUUUGAGUUUGUGAUUUGUGAUUGACACUGACAGUUUUACUCAGCAACUUAUGAUGUCUGGUUCUUGUCGUCAAUUUAAUGCUAGUUGAAUCCCUCGUGCUUAAGAAUGUCAGGAUUUCCAUUAAAUUUAGAUUUGUCUGAAUAUUUUAGCGAUUUAAGGGAAUACUCAUGUGUUUACGUCAAUCAGUCUAAAAACAAAACUGUCGGAGAUGUUCUGAACCACAUUAAAUCGGUGUUCGGUUUGGAAGAUAAUAUAUGCCUUGUUCAUAAAAAGGUUUUAAUACCAAAGAGUGAGAGCUUACAAAUUUUACAACUUUAUGAUAUUUACAAGGUUCAAAAAUGUAACUUUUAUGAUGUGCAAAUACACAAGACCAGAAAGGAUGGUUCCAAUUCAACUUGUGACCAAAAGGCCCUAAAUCUCACACAGGCUGAAAAAACAAUAGAUCUGUCAUGUAGACCAAAACAAAGAUUAAAGACGAAUGUGUGUGCAAUUCCUGGUGCAUGCGAGUCUCUGUCACUUAACGCUUACUGUAAGAAAUCCACUAAUUACCAAGUGUCUCAAAACCGUGAUAUUUUGAUCAAUGGAAAUCAGACGGCAAAGGAAAAGUCAAAGCAUAAAAAGAGAAGGCAUUUGCAGGAUAGUGAAUCAGAUGGUGAAGGAGAUAUUCUUGACAUGAGUGUCAAGGAUUCCAAGAGGAAGAAACAUUCAAAUUGUUUUUCUACUGAUGAUAGAUCAUUGUUGAGUGAUUGUGUAAAUGAUGCUAACAGUGGAGAUGUUUUGAAGGAACAGCACAAAAAACCUAAGAAAAAGAAAAAGCAUACGGAUGAAGCUGGUGAAGCCCCUCUGGAACUUACAGAUGGUGGUAAUGGAUCAAGAAAUGAGGACAAAAAUAACAAAAUUAAGCAUAAAAAAGUGAAGGAAGACCAGUUCAAUAGAAGUUCCAUAGCUUGUGCAAACUAUGUGUCACUAACAGAUGUUCAAGAAGAUUCAAAUGAUUAUGAGAACCAUAUCCAAGAGGACGAACAUUUGACCAGAAAAAAACACAGGCAUAGCAAGAAAAACAGUGAAUCAAAAUGUACGGAGGAGUCUCAGAGAAACCAGUAUUAUUCAAGUACUCCUGUUUGUGACUUGAAAGAUUCUAUCCCUAACGAUUCUAUUUCAAAAACAUCUCAUGACAUUUCAAUGGAAGAAAAGAAAAAUCUACUUGCGUCAAGGCUGCAAUCACAAAUUGAUAGUAUUAUUUUAGGUAUAAAGCAAAGUUCAGAUUCAAAGCAUGAAGGAAAAUCUAAUGGUAUCUCCUAUGAGCAGUCUACAUCAGACAGUGUUGCUGGGGAUGAAGAAGAAAACAAUAUUGCUGAAGGUGAAUUUUCCUCAGAUGUUUGUGUUAAGAAGCCGAAAAGAAAAAGAAAACAUAAUAAAAAGAAGAAAAAGGAAAAACGCUUGUUAACUGCUGUGGGACCAAUCCUGAGCCAAUUGAAAACUCAACCCAUAGUUACCAAACAAUCCGAGUCUUCUAAGCAUAUUUUCUUCUCGGAACAAGAUGUUGAAGAAACAAAUGUUCCUUCAACUUCACCUCAAAAAUCACAAAAAGACUCAUUGAACGUCAGUCAAUCGUGUCAAUCCAAAGAACAGCCAUCUUCCUCUCCAUCAUGGAAGGACAACCUGUUGAGACUCGCAAGUUCUGGUGUGAAACCGAUGGUAUUUGUUAGGAAAACCAAUGUCUCUGCAAGCAAGCAAUCGGAUUCUCAAGCACAAGAUCACUCUGCUGUUCCUUGCACAGAGCACACUAAUCCCAAAAACUCAGACAGCCACGAAACUCCUGAAGAGGAUGUUCAGAGAUGUAAUGGAGAAGUAAAUGGUGAAAUAAAUGGCUGCGCUGGGCCUUCAAAUGAAGAUGGUAGGAAUGGGCUGCCAGACAUUUGCAAACCUCCACUUAAGCCCAACAGCCUACAAGACAUAAACCUCUCCAACUACCCAAUCAUUGACAAAGUAGUAACAGGAGAUUAUAUAUUAUUUAAAGUUUGGAAAUUUAAUGACAACGGCGAGGCAGAACUAUCAAAACCUAUUUUGGCAAAGGUUGAAGAAACAAAAUUUCUUCCUGACAAAAUUUCAUUGCUUGUUAUGGAAGGCUCGGAUGAAUGUGUUAACUGUGCUCAGGUCAAGGAAUCAGAUGGAUCCCUCACCAUAGACCUACAAUGGACUGACAUCAAUGAGCCAAGGCUCUUCUAUCCAUAACUCCUCUCACAUCAGUUCCUUUUAUUGCAUGUUUUUAUCCAUGUCAGUACAGAUUCUAUUUUAUAGCUGUGUUUUUGUUAAGUAAGAAUUAUCAUUAAAUUAUUGUUCAAUGUU